AUGGAAGCUGGCAAAGCGAAACCGUCACUGCUGCAACAAGCAAGAAAUGUCUUUCUGGGCGACGAGCCAAAGAGCAGAGAUGAGCGACGGCUCGUGCAAAAGCUAGAUUUCUUCAUCCUGACUUACUGCUGCUUGAGCUCCUUCUUCAACUACCUCGACAGGUCCGCGUUCGCCAACGCCUAUGUCGCAGGACUGAGGGAGGACCUCGGGCUGGUCGGCGACCAGUACAAUGUCAUCCUCGCCAUGUUCACGGCCGGGUCUGUCGUUGGGCAGAUCCCACACGGCAUUAUCAUCCAGAAGAUUGCACCGCGGAUAUGGCUGCCCUCCAUGGUGCUCGUCUGGGCGGCACUGACUAUGGCAUGUGCUGGCUGCACGACAUAUGCACAGCUCUGUGCGGUGCGCUUUCUUCAGGGCCUCGCCGAGGCCAGCACGUACUGCGGCACAAUCUACGUGAUCGGCUCGUGGUACCGACCCCGCGAGAUUGCCAAACGCACCGCCAUCUUCACUGCCUCGGGCCAAGCAGGCACCAUGUUUGCGGGCAUCAUGAUGACCGCCAUCCACCAGGGGAUGAACAACUACGCGGGCCUCGCGGGGUGGCAGUGGGUCUUCAUCAUCAACGGCAUCAUCACCUGCCCGAUCGCGCUCAUGGGCUUCUUCUACUUCCCCGACGUGCCCGAGAUCACGUCGGCGCGCUGGCUCAGCAAGCAAGAGCGGGAGCUCGCCCUCGGCCGGCUGCCGCCCAAGAACCCGGACGGGCACAACAUCGAGCCCUGGUCGCUGGCGCGGCGCGUCUUCGCGACCCCGGCGCUGUACGUGCUGUGCCUGUUCGCCGUGGUCACGGGCGCCCUCGAGGCGUACUGCGUGCAGGGCAUCUUCCUGCUGUACCUGAAGCACCACGACGCCUUCUUCACCCAGGCCCAGAUCAACACGUACCCGCUGGGCAUCCAGGCCGUGGGCAUCGUCUCCAACUUCCUCGCGGCGGUGCACAUCGACGCCACGGGCCGGCGCGUGCCGAUGGGCGUGCUCGCCGCGCUGCUCCAGCUCGUCUGCGCGGCCAUGCUGCUCGUCCCGCCAGAGAAGCUCACGUUCGCGGGCGCCUUUGUCGCCUUCUACCUUUCCGGCACGUCGUACAUUGUCAACCCGGUCCUGUACGGCUGGGCGAGCAUCAUCUGCCAGCGCGGCGGCGACGACGCGGCCCGCGCGGUCAUCCUGUACGCGAUGAACGCCGCGAGCACCUGCCUGUACACGUUCUGGGGCAUCGCGCUGUACCCGGCCUCGGACGCGCCGUACUGGCGCAAGGGGGGGAUCGCCAUGGUGGUCGUGGUCGUGGUGAUGCUCGUGCUGGUGUGGGUGGUGAGCUGGCUGGACGGGCACACGCUGAGGAAGCACGAGAAGAACGGCGUGUCGGGCGACUCGUGGGAGUUGGGGGAGAGCGGUGGCGGUGGCGGUGAUAAUGGUGCGGUCGAGGUUGAGGUUGGCCGGCGGGAUCGGGAUGGUGCUGUGAUGCCGGGGAACGAGACCGCGCCGCUAGAUGUUGAUGAGGCGGCGGAGAAGAGGGUCGUGCAUGGAGUCACGAGUACCGCGCCGCAGCAGCGGCUUUCCGAGAAGGACGAGACAGGCAACUAG